UCCAACUGCAGGAGAUAUUUGAUUGCUUGUUUUUCGAGGCAGCAGGAAUCAAAAAAACAGGGAGCAAUAAUGAUGAUCUCAGUCCACUUCACAUUGCUCUUUUUGUGGGUGACACAAGAUUUUGGUAGCUGUGUUAAUAUGAAGAUACCCACUGAUUUCUUGACUGUAGUGUUAGGGGACUCUCUAACAUUAAACUGCACCUACAAUUGCUCCAAUGGAUUUAUUCGGGGCUGUUGGAGUAAAACACCAGGCAACUCUGUCUGUCAUGGGACACAAAGCUCAAGCACCUUUUGCACAACAUCUCUUCAUCUGUCAAACGUGUCCGCUGAAGACCUUAAAACAAGCUACACUUGCUACACACAAGACACGGAUGACCCCCAGCUUUCACAAAAAACAGAGCGUAUUGUUUCACUGCAACUUGAAGCUCAAACAAGUGCCCCAAACUGGACAGUUACCCCAAUGACUGAAACUAAAAAUGCAUCUCUUCCUGCUAAGCCAAAAGAAUCAAGUGGAGGAGAAUUUACUGGAAUUAAGGUUUUAGCAACAGUAAGUGUUGCUGUGGCCAUGGUGCUUGCAGCAUUGGCUGCUUAUCUGUGUCUGAACUGGAACAGACAAAGCUGCAAUGGUAAAGGGGAGCCUGUUCUAUCCAGGUCAAGCUCACCACAACCAUCUCAUGCUGUCUUCUCACCAGUGAAGGGGUCACUGUCAACACACAGUGAAAGAGUGACUUUAAGGAUUCCAACACCAGAUAAUGAGAGUGACACUGAGGUUCCAUAUGCUGAUAUAAUGAUCGCUGCCCGAGGUGUCAGCACACCAGAGCUCACUCAGGUUUGCUAUUUGACUCCUGGAGAUCAAAAGGAGUGGUGGGGAGAUGAAUCAAGGUCUUACCUGCAGGCCUCACGAUCAGCUGACAGGCUGCAUGUCCCCAUGCCCAGAGAGGUCAGCCGCAAGAUGAGCACCAACUCGGAAUAUGCAGUCAUCACAUAUGCCUGAGGAGCGAAAUGGGGCACACGUCUGACUGUGCUAUACAUGCUAAUAUACAUUAUGUGUAAAUAAUGCUGCUUUAUGCUACUCGUUAUAUUGUUUGCUUCGAGAAUGCUAUGAACCCGCAAUUAUAACCAAUAAAGACUUUAUUUCUUGUGAGUUUAAUGGCAUUUGAGCCUUGUCAGUAUCCGUAGUCAGAGUCGUUGCCUAGAAACGGUUAUCAACAAAAAGCCUACUGUCACUAGCCAUAGCAUUUAAAAGUAAACGUUGAUACGAAUUGCAAGUCAUUUCAGGGGAAGACAGUAAAUAAGCUACAGUGGAAAAACUUCUCCUGGUCAGAUAUCCCUAGUUACCGUCGAAGUUUAUCCUAAAAAAUGUCAGUGCCUUUCUCCAACACUCACCUGCGGAUACCGCGAGGGUUUGGUACAAUCCUCGAGGGACUUGCCAGAGAAAUCCUACGAGACCAGCCUGAAGACAUCCCUAAAUAUGCUGCACAGUACUUCGAUGUUCUUCUCAAACAAAGAGAAGAGAGUGGCAUGGACCCUGCUGAGUGGGCUGCUAAACUGGAAGAUCGAUUUUACAACAACCAUGCAUUCAAGGCUACUGGGGCUAGUCCCGAGAAAGAGCUUGCACCAGAGAUCGCCAUUUCCAAAGAAAAAUCAUUUGAGUGCCAAACGGAAGAUGAAUCAAGUCAUUCAGCACAAGCCUCAAAUCUUUCGAUCUCACAACCUAACGUAUCUGAAGAAGUUGAUUUAGCUGAAAGCACACAAGAAGAAGGAAAACAUGAUAUUACAGAGAAACACAUUAUUUCAGUGGAAAAACGACUUUCAGAAGGGGAAUCCAUCAACAGGCUCCCAGCUGCAGAUGUACAGUCUGAUGAACUGAGUGGGACUGAGGAAGAGAAAGACCCAACAAUAAAUACACUUGAAAAAGUUGACAGGGCAGCUAAUGAAAAAGAUAGCAGCUCUGUUCCAGACCAAGUCAUACAUCAAUCUGAGUCCACUAACUUGUUAUCAUUCAGUGGGGUUUCUAAUGUAGAUGUGUGUGCUCAGGAGUUAGGAAUGGCAAAAGAUGAGGGAGGUGAUAAACAAGACUCUGCAGUUGUAGAUAAGGAGAUUACAGGCUCAGAAAGAGAGGAAAAUACUGAAGUUGAAGAACCAGUGGAGGUCUUUCCAUAUUCUGAGCAGGCUGAUGUGGACGUUUGUGCUACAGAGCUUGGUGGAACCGAGAGAAUAAUGGAAAUAGCCACUGUUGAAAAUGAUAUACAUGUAGUCGAAGAAGAAAGCUUAAAUCCCCAACCUGCGGAAACUCUUGCACGAUCAUCACUGUCUCAAUUUGAAACCACUGAGGGCAAUCAACAAGAAGCAAAAACAAAAGAGGAGGAAGGAACAGAGACUGAAGCUUCUUCUGAGGAAACACAUCAAAGUUUAGCUCAUAUUGAGGGUGGUUUAGAUAGUAGUACUAUACCAAAGGAGGAUUCUUUGGUUGAGAUUAGCUUUGAAGAUGUUCCAGAGGCUCAGCAGAUUACUGAGGUCGGGGAGAAACAGCCAGAGGAAGAGGGAUCAGUAGAGGUCUUACAGACUAAGAUAUUAGAAAUGCAACAGGAGGAAGACUCCAAUUAUGUUACUGCAGUGGCAACAGACCAAAAUAUAUCUGGUCUACAAUACAACGAGGAACCCGAAAUGGAGGGAGCUGAAAAAGAAUUUAAGUCUGAGAGGGAGGAAAUGGAAAGUCAGCACGAAGCAUCUGAUAUAAUGAAGGAGAAGGUGGACACACAUGCCCCUAAUUUAAAUCAUAGUGAUGAUAAUGAUGAGAAGGGAGAAGGUGUUAGCUCAUUACAUCAGCUCACCACCGAGGCAGAUGAAGAAAACCCAGAGGUUGAAACCGAUCAUACAAAUGAGGAUAAUGAGAAGAUAAGAGAAGGCAAACUUUGUCAGAAUGAGGAUUCUGAGAAAGAAACAAAGUCCAACGACCUUAAAGAAGAUGAGAGGACAGACACAGAUGGAGGAGACAAAGAGGACAUACAUACAGAAGGUUAUAGUGAGAUGGAGGAUGAAGAUGUUAAUGAUGGCGGUGUAGAAAAUCAUUCAUCUCAAGUAACCCAGUCAUAUACAACCGCGGCUGCAAUGGAGGCAGAGAGUGAAACUUUAGAGGCAAGUGCACAACAUUUACCAGAGGACAGUCAGAGAUCACUUGUAGAGUCACAGGCAAAGGAUACAGUGGAAGAAAAAGAGGUCACAUCAAAGGAAGAAGAGGAUGUCGUAGAAGAAGGAAAGAUUGAUUCUGAAGUCCAAGAAAAGAGUGAAGGGGAAAGCAUCAGCCGGAGUGCGGAUAGGACAGGUGCUGACCACCACGGAGAAGAAAGGCCACCUGGGUCUGAGAGGGAUGCCACAGAGCCUGGAGGCAAAAGUAGUGACAAGGUAACGGGUUUCACACAUUUUUAUAGGCCUUAACAUUACAUAUGAACAUUUUUGCGUUGAUAAAAUAGCCCUGAUUUGUUACCAUAACUUGUAGGGUUUGAAUAAAAUAGAGGUUGUACAACUCACCAUAUCUCCUCCACUUUUAUCAUCAGGCUGUGGAUUAAUGUUCAUACACUUUCAGACAGAGGUGUCUUUAGCUGGUCUGCAGUCUGCUCUGUUCCAAUUCCUGUCUCAGGUAGCCAAUAUAAAUAAACUCUUUAAGGACGAGUCUGGUCAACAGUGGCCCUACCGUUUAUUUCUCCCCCGGGCUCUCCAGGGCUAGGUGAUUGAUAACAUCUCCAAAAUAGUUCAUUUUCUGGAUGACGUAUCGUAGUUCCUCUGAUCAACUUUGAACGGGUCACAAUCAAAAUUGUCUUAACUGAAAUGUACAGAAAUUUUUGUCUCAGUCUCUAAAUUCUGCAUAAUCUGUCUCUUUGUUCAUAUAUGGGUGUGUUCAAGAUGCUGUUUGAGGCCUUUACUCUGCCGCAUGCUCAUAAAACUGUAAUACAGUUGCUUUGUUAGUGCCAGAUCCACUCUCCUCUUGGGAGCCACCACAGCCUCCACAGAUUGAAACUUGAUUCAAUAAUCUAUCAUCAUAAAACACAGACUAGACAAUUUGUCUUGUGAAUCAAGCCUUUAACAUUUUUACUGCUGUCACAGUUAGCCCCGUCUGAUUUGUCUGGACCAACAGGGCUCUAAAUACGCAGGGAGGGAGUGUAGGAAGGGGCACUAAGAACGUUACCAUGGUAACCCCUCACCAUCCUGCUCUCUCUUAGUGUCGUCAUGGAAUUAAUAGGAGAUGGUGAUGCUGAGAGUUGCUAGGCACCAUCUGUAUCAGUAAUCUACCUUUAAUAGCAGUUUCUAACUGACUGAUUAAACAGUAAAACACUACCUUCUGUAUUUCUGUGCUCGUGCUGUUUUGUAUACUCUUGCUUACAGGCAAAAUUUAUUUCAGCUGAAACAAAGCUAUCACAAAACUACAGUAUAUAGGCCAUCUAUUCUAAUAGUGACCUGGCUGCAGUAUCUCAUAUGGCUUGUGUAGUUUUUUUUAUUUUAACUUUUUUGCCUUUAACUCGCUGUUCACAAGUUCGCACAAUGACGUUCCUAUGCUCCAAUCAUCUCAGGUGGAUAAAUACCAUGUUAGAUACACUAAUGAUUAGGCUACUAUGAGCAGACUAACUAUUAUUAUGAUUGAUUACAGUAAAUUUAAUUACACAGUGGUUAUCAUUCAUACAAAUUAAAAGUGAAUUGAUUGAUAAAGCGAGUCCGCUUUGUGAAAUUAGGCGUGAGGAUAACUUAACAUAUUGUUUGAAUGGUUAGAAAACCAGCAGGAGAGCGUUAAAGUCAGAGAUAUAACUCAGAUAAAUGGAUGUUUUCUCUUUCUCUCCCUCUCCGUCUUGUCUCUGAGGCUGGCAGAGGAGUGUGGGCGGCCAUACCAGCUGGGAUCAGAGGGAUGGAGAGGGCUGUUAGCUCACUCUGCCUCUAAUAAAUUUAUAACACCUCCUAGUGUAAAAACAGUCCAAGAUGCUUCCACUUUUUUAUUUCCACACUAUUAGUACAAUUUGAAAGUCAGCAAUUAUUUUUUAUGACCAUCUGGCUUUUACAUAGUAUUUCUAUGUUGGUCAUCUGUUUUUAUUUGUCGAUUUUAUUAUUGUAACAUUGCAACUUAUGAAGUUUUCAUGAUGCUCGGCCCAUGUGAUAGUCACUGUGCGCAUUCCUUAUUAAUAUCCAGACUAAAUGCUUCCAUCAUUUUAACUUGUUAGAAAACUGUCAAACUUUAAAUCGCUGAAAUUGUUUCCAUAUUCAGCCUAUUUCAGUUACUCUUCCUAAGUCUGUAGGCUGUGUUAUGUUAAUGUUGCACUUCUGUU